AUGUCCGACUCUCGAGAAACUGAUGAUAAUAUACACUGGUUUCCAAACCAACAGCAAUUUCGAAAAAUAUCCAGGGUACAACAACGACAUAAGUUUGGUUUCAUAGUGAUGGAUAGUAAUGGGACCGUUUUUGGUACAUUAAGUGGAAACAUACGUGAAAUUCUUCACAAAUUCACUGUUGAUCUUCCUAUUAAGAACGGUCGAGGAGGACAGGCAGCUCUCGCUCGUCUUCAAACUGAGGAAUGCCAGAAUUAUGUAAGGAAGACUGCUGAGUUAGCUACGCAGUUUUACAUCAAUUCAACCACCAAGAAGCCGAACGUCUUGGGGUUAAUUCUGGCUAGGUCUCGCGAUUUUAAGACAGAACUUAGUAAAUCUGGCAUGUUUGAUCCUCGUUUGCAAGCUAAAAUAUUGAAGGUUGUUGAUGUUUAUCGCGGUGGUGAAAAAGGGUUCAUUCGCGCAAUUAAAUUGUCUUCAGAUAUACUUGCUCAUGUAAAGUUGGACCAUGAAACGCAUUUGAUCGAAAUGUACUUAAAGGAGAUUGAACGGGACACAGGGAAGUAUGUCUCCGGUGUCAAAGAUACACUGAAUGCGUUGGCAAUUGGAGCCAUUAAAACUCUAAUUGUGUGGGAUAAUCUGGAUAUAAACAGAUACGUACUGCAGAAUAGUGUUAGUGGCGACACUUCCAUCCAUCACUUCAGCAAAGCAGAAGAGAACGAUCCCAAAUUCCUCGAUCUCAUUAACAACGCAGAGGUGAAAGUGCUGGAUAAACAGUUUCUUAUCGAGUGGUUGGCAACAGAGCAUAUGCAAUUUGGUUGCGCUAUUGAAUACGUCACUGAAAAAUCUCAAGAGGGUUCCGAGUUUUGCCGAGGUUAUGGGGGUAUUGGGGGAGUUCUCCGCUACCAGCUUGAUAUGAGGAUAUUCGAUGAGUUAUCUGACGAAGAAAAUAACGAUGACUCCGGUAAGCAAUUAGUCAACGGAUAUUCAAGUGCAAGUGGAGGCUGUACUGGUUGCACUAGCACUCGCCUGUUUGCUCGCUGCCAGUGUGUGUCGCUCCUUAAGGUUUGUACGUUAUUCUUUGACUGA